AUGCUUGGAAGCUGGUAUAAAAAGAACGAAUUAGGAAAAAGAGCUGCUAUAUUUGUUUCCGUUGGUGACAUUGGUUCAAUGGCGGGCGGAUGGAUCCAGGCUGGGUUAUUUGCACGACUUGAUGGACAUGGUCUUCCUGCAUGGAGAUUGAUUUUCAUUGUCGUCUUUGCAAUGACAAUUCCAUUCGUGUUUUUGGGAUUGAUUGCAAUUCCCGACUUACCACGUCAUGAGAACGCCUGGUUUCUGAGUGAUGAAGAGAAAAAGCUAGCAAUUGACCGGUUACAAAGACAUGUACCCACGGAAACUAUGUCAUUAAGAGUUGUCUGGAGAGCUGUGAAGAGCUGGCAGUUUUGGUUAAUGCCAUUUAUUUUUUUUCUGUAUGGAGUGUCGGUACAAAUGUUGGGAAAUAAUGUAAUGCCUUUAUGGAUGAAGUCUCGUGGCUACACUGUCGUUCAAAUGAAUAACUAUCCUACUGUUAUUUUUGCGUUUGCUAUUGUGGGUACUUUGGGAUAUUCAUUCUUAUCCGAUAGACUUGGAUCACGAUGGCAAGCUUCUGUCGCUAUUGGGUUCACAUUUACAUUGUGUUGCCCUAUUUUGUUAUCGAACAAUGUACCAGAUGGUGCUAAAUUCUUUGCAUUUUUCUUUUUAGGAACUUGUCUUGCUCCCCAAGCUCUCUGGUUUACUUGGUGCGCUGAUGUAACUAGUCAUGACUUAUAUCUUCGAAGUAUCACUACUGGUUGGAUGAAUGCUAUUGAUGAAGCAUUUAUUGCUUGGUGGCCCAUAGUAUUUUAUCCCGUAACGGAUGCUCCUACCUUUAGAACAGGCUAUAUAGCCUCUCUUGUGUUAGGUACAUUGAUUGUCCCUACUGUGGGUGCCAUUGUGUACCUAGAUAGACGAGAUCAACGUUUGCAUUAUGAUGCUGACAGUGACGAUGAACAAACACCUAUUGAAGGCGUAGGUCAUAAUUCGAGUCAACGGUCAAUCCUAGCCAAUGAUGCUUCAAAAUUGCAGUCGAACUAUAACAGUAUUGAGGUUACAAUAUAG